AUGUCGCUUAGUUCAGCGCUGUAUAGUGGCAUAUCGUUCAUUUUGGGCUUCACAACCCUUGGCGUGUUCACGGCGUUUUCUUUCAUUGACACCCGGACAUGGCAAACAACAUCGAUUGUAUCACUACAACGGCUGAGGAAAGCGCAGCAUGACCUAUGGACACUAUCACAGUCUACGUCUUCCACGAGCUUAGAGCAUAAAUUUCUCUGUCUAGACAGCGGUCUACAACUUCACUAUCUCUCUAGCUUCAGACGUGAACCACAGAAAAGCCUUGUCAUUUUCCUACAUGGAUUCCCGGACUCGGCGAACCUCUUCCGCCACUUCCUUGUCCCGUCCGAACCUCAUGGUACGGCUACACAGUUCGUGGCUCUCGAUCUCCCCGGCUUCGGCGGUAGCGAUAGCCUUGCCACUUACAGUGCAACGGGAGUACUCAACGCCGUCACCGAAGCGAUCAGCGAGCUGAAGCGACGCUAUCUGGAAGACGGCGCAAGUGGUGGAAGAUGCAUCCUCGUUGGGCACGAUUGGGGAGGGUUGAUUGCCUAUCGAGUUGCGGCUGAGACUGUGGGGUUGGUCUGGAGAGUCGUCACUAUCAACACGGCAUACGCGCCGCUCUUCAAAUCCAACGCCGGCAAGAUGACUGAGGAAUGCCAGCGAGCUCUGCGCAAGUUGUCAUUUCGUACAGCCUGGCGAGAAAGCGGCCCGUGGUUGUCACAACUUUUGAAGUCGAGCUACAUAUUCAUGUUUAACCUUCCAAUGGGCUUGCUAGCCAAGUGGCCGUUCAUUAGAAGAGUCAUUGACCACGAAUUGCGCUGGAUAUGGCUAAAUGGGCACAACGCGAACCCAGAAUCUCCCGUUCCGUCCAAAGCCUCGAACUGGGUGCAAGAGCUCGCAAUCAGUCAAGCCUCCUGCUACGGUCCCAGUGUCGAUGAAUGCGCGACGCAUGACGCAGAGGGCUUGUCCUACGGACCUUCUGUGCUAGCACGAGCGAGCUGUAAACCGCCAGGGGAUUGGCUUCAACGCAUCCGACUUUACCGCGAAGGCUUGGCAAGUCGCCAAUGGGUGUUUGCUGAGAAGCUGAAGCAGUUUGAAGCACCGUCGCGAAGAAACAGUCAACGCUUCAGAUGUGCCGUUACGGUAAUCUUUGGGCUGCAAGACAUCGCACUAGAUCCGAGAAUCGUUCUAGACGGCAUCAGCGGCUAUUUCACUUCGUCCGACGUUCUAGGAAAGACACAUGAAAUGUACCGCACUGGCGAGGUAAGCAUUUCACGGAGUACGAGUAGUCAUGUGCUCAGCUUGAUGCAUUGCGGACAUUGGUCGUUACUCGAGGAUACCGGCACCAACACGUUAGAAGGCGUGCUUGCAUGGGCGGUCAGUGGUACGGCGGAGCAGCAAAAAGAUCUGUCAGUGGUAUUAGGGGAGAAAGGUGUUGUGCUUGGGCGAGAUGUCACGCUUGAUGUGCUGCGCUAA